UCUCGGCGCCCUACUCUCUAGUAUGGCAGUGUGUCCAAACUUCGCGCGUGUCCAUACUUCGCGGACGGUCCUUAUCUCAAAAACUAGCCAAUAUCCUUAAAAUCUGACAUCAUCAACGUGAAAAGCGACCUAAAAUUACCGUUUAAUGAAAAUUUCUUUAGGAUGAGUUCAGUAUUCAUGAAAAUAUUGGCAAAAGAUCGGCAAAUUUGUCUCCGCUAGCGCCCGUUUUGAAGAAAUCACAAGCAUCACGAUAUCACCAUUUUGCAAGCAGAAAUCAUCAAAAAUUUUUAUGUAGAUUCGAUCAAGAUGGAACCCGACAAUAAAGUUCUGCCACCUAACUUGCGAAGGGAAUGGCUGUUCUCACCAGCAUGUUGUCAUGGAGAUAAGAGUAAUGAAUUUACUCUUAUGAACUAUAACAUCCUUGCUGAUUGUCAUUUCAAGGAGGACUGGUAUCCAUACUGCCCUCAGGGGUUCCGUAAGAUGUCAGAAAGACACCAAGCCUUAUUACAAGAGAUUAAACAUCAUGAUCCAGACAUUGUUUGUUUACAAGAGGUUGGACCAGAUUAUUUUGUAGAUCAGCUCAAUCCAGAGAUGUAUUCUCUUGGUUACCAUUGUGUUUAUAUGAAGAAAGUAAGAGGUGUAAUGGAAGGAGAGGCAACAUUUUACAAGAAAAAUAGAUUUGAAAUGACUGAUCAGAAGGGAGUGGUUUAUAAUGAGCUGGCAGCAAAGGCAUGUGAAAAGGCUAACCUUUCCAACGAUGCCCGGGAGAGUGUAUUGUCUUACAUUGAACGGGAUCACCUGGUUCUUUUUACAAAGCUACAAGAUAUCAAAACAAAGAAAACAGUCUGCAUUGGAAAUACACAUCUACUGUUUGAUGACUAUAAGAACAUUGAUGUUAUAACAGUACAGGCAGGUUUAGCUAUCAACGCCAUGAUAGAUUUUGCUGGGGGUGUAGACCACGCCCACAUCCUAUGUGGAGAUUUCAACCAGGAACCUCAUAUGACUGGAUAUCAGCUGAUGCAUGAUGGGAAACUCAAUACUGAUGGAGAGCAAUUUAUCCGUCAAUACCCAAUCAAGAUUGGAAACAAAAGAAAAAGUCUACUUGAUGUCUUGCCUCUGUGUUUCAAGCAUAACUCGGUUGGGUUGAAAAGUGCCUACAAAACAGUUGCUGGCGAAGAAAUACCCUUUUCAGACGUAGAUGAUUAUCUUGGGGUGGAGUGGUCAGAUGUGAUUAAAGACCCAGCAGAGAUCAUUGAACCACCUCCACCUAAACGCCCUCGCAAGGUUUUCAGAACGGACCCUUUAAAGUAUGGCGAGAAGAAGUAUAUAGCUCCCUUGGAUUACCAGUGGUUUGAUUCUCAUAGUUUGUCUUGCUAUGGUGUUCUAGAAAUGGUGGAUGAAAGAGAAAUUUUUCCAUUUUAUGCCUGUCCAAAUAAGUAUUUUUCUUCAGAUCACUUGUCAGUCAUGUGCAGAUAUAAAUUUAUGUAAAUCAGUGUGAAUCAAAUCAAGAUACUGUUAGAUAAUUCGUUUUUCUGAUUUUGAAAGUCAAAAAGGGGCCUAAGCUUUCGAUCCUAGCAGAAUCGGAGGCAAAAUGACAAACAUAUAAAGUGGAACAACCAUAAUAUAGACCACAAACAAGCUACAGCAACACUAGAAACAAGGAGACAAAAGGGGCAUUAGUGAGUAGAGAAGACCAAUCAGGUUAGUGAAGGGGAUGAAAGAAAAGGAGUAGGCAGACACAAAGGGAAGUUAGUGUAAGUAAGGCCAAGAGGGAUUAAGAUAAUGAGGCAGGCAACAUCAAACAGGAUCUGGAACAAAACAGUGAUAGAGGGAUGAAUAACUAGAGAAUUAGUGAGAGGUGGGUCAAACAGGUUACAAAGAAAGGCAUAAUAAACUGGUGCAUAAGAGUGGGGGAAAAAAGGAAAAGAAUGGGGAACAACUGAUAAUGUGCAAAAGACAUAUAAGUAUAUAUGAUAAAGCAUUAAACAAACUAAGAGAAGAAGGUAAGUGUAAAUAUGUAUCUAUAAGUGAUAUGUUUCUGAUUUUGAAACGGAAGAAGCAAAAACAAAACAUUGAGUGAAAAUUGAUUCUAUUUGCGAGAUUUAAAACAGAAAAACUGUAAUUUUUCAAUAUUUUGAUUCAAGAAUGAAUAUGUAAAAACGGGAAAAAGAAAAAUGAUUGAUUUUUCUGUUUUACUGUUUUUACAUAUUUCAAUUUUUAGUUUUUCCUUUGAAAAACACAAAACAAUUGAAAUUUUUGUAACCUUUUUCUGUUUCGCGUGCACGAAACAGAAAAUUGAAUCGAAACUCUAGUUUCCUUUUCUGUUUUGUGUUCAUGAAACAGAAAUUGAAUUUAAAUCUCUUUUCCUUUUUCUGUUUCGCCUUCACAAAACAGAAAAUUGAGCGCGCCUUCCGUUUAGAAAUCAGAAACACAAAUUAUCUGAUCAUACCGCCAUCAUGGUACGAUUAGGAUUAGGAAACAAAAAUUCCAAUUCAAUUUUUUGUUUUUUCAAAGGAAAAACUAAAAAUUAAUAUAUGUAAAAACAGAAAAAUUAACAAUUUUUCUGUUUUCCCGUUUUUACAUAUUUCAUUUUUGAAAAAAAAAUGACAGCUUUUCCGACGGCGGUGGCGGCGGCGGCGUCAACACCAAAUUUUAACCGAAGGUUAAGUUUUUGAAAUGUCAUCAUAACUUAGAAAAUAUAUGGACCUAGUUCAUGAAACUUGGAUAUAAGGUUAAUCAAGUAUCACUGAACAUCCUGCAUGAGUUUAAUGUCACAUGACCAAGGUCAAAGGUCAUUUAGGGUCAAUGAACUUUGGCCGAAUGGGGGUAUCUGUUGAAUUACCAUCAUAACUUUGAAAGUUUAUGGAUCUGAUUCAUGAAACUUGGACAUAAUAGUAAUCAAGUAUCACUGAACAUCCUGUGCGCAUUUCAGGUCACAUGACCAAGGUCAAAGGUCAAUGAACUUUGGCCAUAAUGGGGGUAUCUGUUGAAUUACCAUCAUAACUUUAAAAGUUUAUAGAUCUGACUCAUGACACUUGGACAUAAGAGUAAUCAAGUAUCACUGAACAUCCUGUGCGAGUUUUAGGUCACAUGUUCAAGGUCAAAGGUCAUGUAAGGUCAAUGAACUUUGGCCAUGUUGGGGGUAUUUGUUGAAUUACCAUCAUAUCUCUGUAAGUGUAUUGGUCUAGAUCAUAAAACGUGGACAUAAGAGUAACCAAGUAUCACUGAACAUCUUGUGCGAGUUAUAGUAGUUUUCAAAGUCAGCACUGCUGCUAUAUUGAAUCGCGUGAUGCAGGUGAGACCGCCAGAGGCAUUCCACUUGUUCUUUUUUAAAUCUCGAAAAUAGAAUCAAUUUUCACUCAAUAUUUUGUUUUUGCCUUUUCCGUUUCAAAAUCAGAAAAUAAAUUAUCUAACAGUACCUUGAUUCAUUCAUACAUGGCAGUUUGGUGCUUAAAGGGGAAUGAAACCUUUGGAACAAGUAGGCUUGUGUCGAAACAGAAAAAUCAAAGAAUAAGAACAAAGAAAGUUUGAGAAAAAUUUGACAAAUAAUGAGAAAGUUAUGAGCAUUUGAAUAUUGCAAUCACUAAUGCUAUGGAGAUCCUCACAUUGGCAAUGUGACAAGGAUGUGUGAUGUCACAUGCGAACAACUUUCCCUUUGAUGGACUAUAAAAUACCCUCAAAAUGUCUCUUUUUGCUUUUUCUUAUGGUGAUACAAACUCUUUAUCCAUGAUGUAUUCUUUAAAAAUCAUAUCUCCAUUACAUGCCCUCCUAUAGAAAGAACACAUGAUCUACUGAUAGAUGUGAUAAAACGAGGCAAUUUAAGUGAAAUAUAUACCAAAAAAAUGGGGAGAGUUGUUCACAAGUGACAUCACACAUCUUUGUUGCAUUGCCAAUUUGAGGAUCCCCAUAGCAUUAGUGAUCACAAUAUUCAAAUGCUUUUCACUCUCUCAUUAUUUGUCCGAUUUUUCUCAAACUUUCAUUGAUUUGUUUCUUUGAUUUUUCUGUUUUCACACAAGCUAUCUUGUUCCAAAGGUUUCAUUCUCCUUUAAAAGAACUGACUUCUUAAUAUUUUUGAGAAAUUUCAGAACUGCCAAUGUUUCUGAAGUGGUGCAAUAAUUAUUAAAAUCAUGCAAAUGUUUUUAUUCUUGUUUACAUGCAAAUUUUAAGAAAAAAAAAACUAUUUAAUUUGUCAACAGUGAUAAAUAUAAUAAAUAAUACUGAAUUAUACCUUUAAGUGAGAAUAAUGUUAACAAAUUCCCCAGUCUCAAAGGCCGAAUGGGUAUAUUUACUAGUAAUUGAAAAAGACUGUCUCAGAAAUAUCAAUACCUUUUUUUUUUUAUUAAUUGAAUGUUCAUCCUCAUCAGUUUAGAUAAGCUUCACACAAAAGUUUUUAUUUUUGUAUGAUUUAUUUGUAUUGCUGCUAGUUAACAUUUCUCUAAUUUUUAUUUCUAUCCCAUAUCACUCUAUUCCUCAGUCAUUUGAUCUGAUUAAAAGUUAUCAACUUAGAUACUUCAUUGGUUUACUUUAUGCCUUUCACUCCAAAAGUAGAUUGAGUGUUGGCACCUAUUCCACCAUCUUCUGUCUUCUUCUUCUCCCUUGCCAAGUAGGAAGCUUUGCCAAAGGGUAUCAAUGCUUCUACUUCAAAAGCCAGAUCAUAGGUAGUCUGAUCAUUGUUUGAAGGUCUUUCUCUAGCUCUUAGUUUUGGCACUAGAGGGUGGUGUGGGAUUUAUUCUCUUAACAAGUCGAUAGCAAUGUAUUGUUCGUGUGUAAUUUUGCCUGCAAUAUUUUACCCAAUAUUAUCUCUUUAGUUCUUAUUCUAUAUCUUCUGUAUGUCAACAUUUGGAAAAGGAAUAAGGAGAAUCAUGAUUAUGAUGAUACAUUUGCUCAGAGUCAUUGUUGAAAGAUGGGGAACUUUCAAGAUUUAUAAGAUUAAUCAGAUUCAACCUCAAGCAUCUUGUAAGUUUUAGGUCUCUGUAAACUUUCCCAAGAAAUCAUCAAGUUUACAAGCAAGAUUGGGCCAUUGGACCACUCUGGCUCUAAAAAGCCGUUUGACUUGGUCCAAAUGUUUCCUCCUGGCUUGAAUUAUCAUUUCCAUUCUCCUGCUCUAUAGUUAACUCGCUUGAUCCAAGGAAUCAAACACUUUCUGCCUGGGGGUAUUUGAGAUAUAUCCACUUUUUAAUUAGGACUUGAUAGAUUUCCCUUUGCUAAUAAUUUUAUUCACCAUCAGGAUUUGGACAGUAUCAAGCCUUUUCCAUUCUUUGGAAUUCAUACAUGAAGUAAACAAAUUCCUCCAGUUAAGUCAGGAGGUAAUCAGUUACAUCCCAGUCCAUUCCAAUUUUGGCGAAGCAAGUUUGAUACCAUUACUUCCACUCAAGCUUCUUCAGUGGAGUAAUCCUUCCCUUGCCUUUGAAGGCACAAUUACAGUUCUUUCCAGUGAAACUGUAUAUCUCUCUUAUUCCACUUUCAGUAUCAAAGUUUUUUGACAAAAGUGUGGGUUAGCACUAUAUUGCACGUACCCUGUUAAUCAUGUAAUUAAGUGUUUUUCCUUGUGUUCAAAACUGUCAACUAGUGCCUUGGGCAGGUUCUCACAAGGUUCCCACAUUGCCGCUGACAGGAAAUCCUCUCCAUUGCACUUUAUAUCUGUUGCCAUUUUUCUCCAGAAGUUUUUCAACAUAGUACCACUCUUCUUUUCUUUUUAUGUUCUUUCUGAUUUUUGCUUUUGCUGCAGAGUAUCAUUGCCUUGCAGUAGGUCCUUGUACUUGACAGGGAUAAUUGCAGGGAUAACAGCAGGGGUAACUGAAGGAGCAAAGACAGGGUUAACAUCAGGGAUAGCAUUAGAAUUGUUAGUACAUGGCAGUUUGUCCUGUUUGGUUGGUUGAUGGACUUGAGAUGGGCAAGUGGGGCAUCAUCGCUAUCACUCUCAUCUAUAUCUGCCAGGGGGAUGGCUUCUGGUGCUUCUCGUGUGGCCAUCACAUGGUUGGUCUUGUUCAUCUUGUAAAGUCCAUUUCAAUUUCCAUGUUCGAUUCCUGUACAACUUGAUUGGCAGAGUUUUAUCAAAGACAUGUGAUUCAGCAAUGAAACCAGUGUCUUCUUAUCACAAAGGCAAGUUCUUGUAAACUAGACCUCUUCUGGAAUCCCCUCUACAUAAAAGUAAUCAUCUUGGUGUCUGGCACUGUUCCCCUCUUGCAUCCUGAAAUACCUUUAAAAUACUUUUGAAACAUUUGUGCGGAGGCUAUCCCUAUCAAGGCAUUCUUGUUUGUCAUCUGUUGUUCCGCUGAAACUUUCAUGUAACAUGUGGGUUCCCGUCUGUUUUUGUGUAACAGAAUGUAUCUUUGAGGAGUACCCAUCCAGAAUUCUCUCACCAUCAGAGGCUAGAAUUACACACGCCUAACCGAAUUCUUCAAAGAAUUUUUUUCUCCUUGUCCAUUAGUUUGUUGGCGAUGUUUGUCUUCUGUUUGUCAGUGAAAUUGGUCAUCUUUUCUUUGGCUUGUUCUGCUCUUUUUUCUAUACAUUGCAAACACAACUUUGUCCUUUGACAGCCCUCUUCCAAGUGAGAGGUGCUUGCUUCAUGACUUUUCAUUCUCCUCCCUCAACAAUGGUUUAAAUGCAGUACUCAAAUAAGCAUCAUAGGCUCUAGUAUAUUGGGUAACGCUUCCACUACUCCUUGGCUUCCCCUUUCUCUUUCUGUUAUGGAUCCACCGCUUUAUUUGUGAUGCAGACACCCCUGUUCUUUUAGAUAGCUCCAGCACUUCAUGUUUGUUUUUCGUUGUUGACACAUUGUUCAACCCAUUGUUAAAAUGGGCCUGCAACUCUUUUCCUGCUGCAUCUACUUUGCUUUUGCUAAUGACAACGUUACUGGUACUACUCGAUCGUUUGACACCGUCAUCAUGGUCAUGAUCGUCAACUGUCACUGUCGAUGAGGCUGUGGAUGUAGGUGAUUUCCAUUUCUGGGGAUCUGAUCUGCUACAUGAUGGUCGGUCCCAGAUAUUUUUCUGUAGUUUCAUCUCUAAUUCUUCCAUGUUUCUUGAGAAUAUUGCAUGAAUGAAGAAGUGAGUUAUGCCUUGAUCACUUUGGUUGAUAAGUGAUAUUCGGGUAUCAGGCCAGGUGCAGCAGCUCAAUUGAUUGGCAAUUAACGGUUUUCCACCAUUUUCCUUCGUGACCUAGACUCUGUUUUACUUUUAUUCCACAGGACCCUUCUUCUCUUGCUCAAACUUUCCCCCAUCAGCUUCAAUAACUUCUCACUCGUGUAAUGCACUUCCUGGAGUUCUUGCAUACUGAAGGUAUUUUCCACAGUAUAAGUCGUUGAAAAUAGUAAGUUCUUGUUUUACUACCUCUAAACUUGGUCCAGUUAGCUAUCACUUCUGGGAGAAUACUAGCUUUCCAUUUCUCAAGUUUGUUGAUGUAGCAUUAAUAAUAUCCAUGCUCAUAUCAAAAUCUACCACAUCCCCUAACACUUGUUUAAAAAACAUUAAAAUGUAUAGUUCAUCAUAUAAAAAAAAAGGAAAUUUCCAACGAAACUUGAAUAAAAACCCUUACAUAGUGUUUCACUUGGUAAAGAUUUAUUUCCAACCAAUGGAAAUUAACACACUACACAGACAUAUAUAACUUGCCUUGAGCCUUUAACUAAGAAGGGCAAACAUAUACACAAAAAUGGUUUUACUUUUUCAUCUCUAGAAACAUAAAAAAAAUAACACACAAUUUUUUUCUUCCUUGGAUAUCGAAGACCACAAAGUUCUUUCUCCUCAGUUCUUCCGAUCUCUAUAUAGGUCCUUGUUUUCUUUUUGAAGCUGCUUCACAGACAUAAGGAGGUUUAUCAUUUGAAAAUCCAUAUUUUCAAGCUUCUCAUCAUGUUUAUUCACUUUCUCAAGAGACAUUGCACAAUAAUCAAGCAAAGAUUUGAUGCGAUUAGCCAAGCCCCCAAAAUAGGUAUUCCGAGUCCCGACUUGAAUUCUACAGGGCUUGCAUUGCAAUCACUUUCUCACUUCAUCAUUAUUAAGAACAUCUGAUAUUAAUAGUUCUUAUUUUCAUAUAUUUUUUCUCCUCUCCCGACUGUCCAUCUCUGUGCCAAGCCGCCAAGACAAUACAAAUAAAUAAGGGGUAAUAAUCAGUCGGAGUAAAAGUUAAGUGUGUUUAUUGAUAAUUAACAUGGCCAAGAGACUGGAUAGCCGGAUACCCGGGUGCUUUACAUAAAGCGACAUCGCACAUUGGCACUGUAUCUUGCCCCUCUUUCUUGCUUUUUUCCUUUUCUGGUAUAAUCUUCAAUGUAUUUUUUUCUACAUAGUAAAUAGCUGCAUAUAUACAUACUGUACCUUCUUUACAUUAUCUGAUAUUUCCCUUGGUUCACUUUGUAAAUCAGAUAAAGGGUUAGUCUUUAGAUUAAUUUGUUAUACUUGAAAACGAAAGACAACUUAAAUAAAUUUAGUGUUUGAUAUUAUUCACUCCUUCAUCCUAACCCAUUAUUAUUUGUCAAGUGAUACUCUUUGAAAUUAUGCUUUAAGUGUGACCCCCCCUCCACCAACAUAAGCCAUACUUUUCAGAAUUAUUAAUGCAAUUUAAAAAUACAUUCUCUUCAUGUAUAGACAUUUGAACAUAAUUUUUUUUCCACUCCUGUUCAUUUCAAAUUAUUACACAGCUAUUUUGCUGCUUUUGGAUUGGAGGCCAUUUCUAUGAAUAUUGUGGAAAUCAACUGGGUAUAUCUGUCAAUUGGUUGUAAAAUAUGUUUCACUAUUGUGUGUGAAUAUUGUAACUGACCUUUUUUCGUAUAAGUGGAUGAUAUGAAAAGAAACCUCUAUGAUUCUUAAAUACUAAGGCCCGUAUUCUGAACUCGGGUUUAAAUUAAACCCUGGUUUAAAGUUGUGGUUUAACUAUGAAGAGCCAAUAGGAGCACAAAUCCCUGAAAGUACACAUUCAGUUUAUUAAUUUAUAUGACACCCAAAUCUGGGAAUGAGAACUGAAGUAAUUUUCUUCAUAAUGAAAGCAAAAGGAAACAAAAUAGUAAACAUAAGAAAUAUACAAUAUAAACAUAAUUUUUUAACAUUUGGCUCCCAGUAAUUUUAGCACAGAGUUAGACCGUGGUCUAUAAAGUUAAACCUGACUUCAGCCUAACAGUUUGAAUGGGAUGAAGAAUAAAAGGAGAAAGCAUCCUGAUUGAAUAAGUUGAUUGGAUAUGAUGUCCAGAUUUGCAAUCAUUUCUUUUUUUUUUCAUUAAAUAACUAUUUACGAUUCUGAAACAUUUUGAUCGAUUACUUUGUCUUUUAAAUAUUUUUUAUUAGUGAAAUUGUAUAUUAAUGAUUAAUUAAUAUGAAUGUCUAUUUUUGUAUAAAAGCUAUUAAAAUAAAUAUUUUAUUACACUUA